UUUCUUCUUGUGCUUGAAAGGUAUUCUUGCGCGUUCCUGCGAUGUCGUUGCGUACAACGCUUGUUGGGGCCGCAGUUGGAAAGCUUUCGGAAGCCGAAGCUGCAUGGCGUUCUUUGAAUGGGAUGUUCUGCGUUUACAAACCCGCUGGAAUCACUAGGAAAGGAGCUGCUAGUAUCUUGUCAAAUAAGUUGGCUGCAAGUUUGAAUCGCAUGGAGGUCCGUCCACCAAGGCGGAGAGUUCAGAUUGAAAAUGAAAAUGGACAGCUAGUGGUAACAUCGGUGCCUUCCUACGCGGAUCACCCUCUGGUUGUUGGCGAGAGGUACAUCAAGAAGGAUGUCGAAGUCGAGUGCUGUGAUACCCUGGACCUUGACUGGUCCGGAGUCACCGUUUGGCGGGUGGGGCAUAGUAAGAAAUUCAAAGCGUUCCAGGCAUCCAAUCCCAUCAGCAGUUACGCCAUCCAAGCCUGUCUCGGCAAGGCAACAGACAAUUUUUUCUCCAGCGGCAAAGUCGUCGAGAAAGCAUCUUUCAAACACGUGGAAAAGGCGCGAUUCUCCAAGUACAUAUCUUCCAUAGUGGCGCGACACCAGAAGCAAGCCUACGCCUACUCCGGUGUUCAUCCGGAUUCAAAAGCAGCCUACGAGUUGGCAAAAACUGGACUCGUUCGUCCUUCCGGAAACACGCCGUUCCUCAUUUACGGGCUGUCUUUGACUCAUUUCAAGCCGCCGGAUUUUACGCUGGAGCUGCAUUGUGUCGGAGAUUCGUCCGAUGAUGUGCAUGGCUUAGUUCACGAGAUGGCGUUGGACUUGAAAACGGUGGCGCACACUUGUGCGGUGCGGAGAUUUCGGUAUGGGCCUUUUGAUCUGAAACACGCGCUGUUGAAAAAGCACUGGUCAGUGGAAUAUGUUCUGGAGAAUAUUAAUGAGCUAUCUGAGAUUGUUGAUAGAGACGAUUUCAUACCCGAGCAGCCAUGGUUCAAGGAAGCUGAUGCAGUAUAGUCCGACAAGAAUAAAUCCGUUUGUUAUGA